CGCUCUCGGAACCCCAGUCGCUACUCGCCUUUGACGUCCUUGGAUUGUCUCUCGAAGCCUGGUUGUCGAUCUUCUUCGCUUACUGCACUUUGGCACCUUGGCCUUCUCAUCGACCUGUGACCGACGUGCCUUGUGGAUUCCAUCGUCUAGGAAGCGAACAACAACCAACUGAAUCAAGUGCAAGGACACAUGGGGCCCCUUCAAUCCGAUGGAUGCGCAACCGCGGAGCACGACUCGCUUUCGCUCGCAGUUCUGACCAGUCUGCCAGUUCGUUUUUCCCUGCGCCCUUGCUCCCGGAACUCUAGUCGUCGCCUGUCUUCACGACCUAUGAUCACAGCUCUCAUCUUCAUGCAACCUGGCCGUGUCUGCUUUGGCGAACUGCUUGUGGAUCAGUUUUACUGGUUAUCGAGUCUACACAUCCUGCUUUCCCUCUAUGACCAUUUGGGCUGCCCAUGGACUCCGAUGACCCGUUGUACACCUUACAGAUUUGACGCGCUUUGCAGGUUCCAUCGACAAAGGAGAAUGGACAACAAAGCAGAGGUGCAGGAACCCAUACACGCCCUUUUCCCUUUUCUAUCCGAUGGAUGCACAGUGAGAAAGAACGACCCACCUUCCUUUCCGCUCCAACAUGUUGUUUCUGUCACCUGGUCUCGACGUAUGCUCUUGCCCCGGGCCGUUUCCCUUCAAGCUCUCAGCCUUCCAGCCUUUCGGUCACAACCACUUCCUUUGGAGUACCCUGUCGCCAAGUUUCUUUAUGUGUAUUUCGUCCUGGAUCUUUCUCUUCUUGGGUAGCUCAUCAAUCACUAUUUCUGGGUCAUACUUCCAACAGAAGCG